AAAUCGACACAUUUUGAGAAAAUAAAUGUUAAUAGUUGAAAAAAGCUAAACAUAAUUUCAACGAUAUUUUGUCAAUUGCGUAGAAUGUCUAAUAACUUAAAUCCCUUGGCCGGUACUGCUCAUUUGCUUGAUGAAUUGGACAAGAAACUAAUGGUGUUGCUGCGAGAUGGAAGAACAUUAAUUGGUUAUUUGCGGUGUGUGGACCAAUUUGCCAAUUUAGUACUCCAUAAAACUAUUGAGCGAAUUCACGUUGGCAAGGAAUAUGGUGACAUACCCAGAGGAAUCUUUAUCGUGAGAGGCGAAAAUGUGGUGCUUUUAGGGGAAAUUGAUAAAGAUAAGGAAGACAAUUUACCACUCACUGAAGUAUCAGUUGAUGAAAUUUUGGAUGCUCAACGGAGGGAACAAGACGCAAAAAUCGAACAGCAAAAGCUUCUAUCUAAAGCACUUAAAGAUCGUGGACUCAACUUAUUAGCUGACUUGGGGCAUGAUGACAUGAUCUAACUAUAAAAUUAAAUAAAUGUAAAUUAAAUAAGAAUAUUAUGUAUAAA